AUGAUGGUGGUUUCUGUUUCCUCUUCUAUCUUUGAUCCAGUGGUGAUGGCCUUGAGUAAUUCCAGCUGGAGGCUACUCCAGCCCUCUUUCUUCCUGCUUGGCAUCCCAGGUUUAGAGGAAAGCCAGCAUUGGAUAGCACUACCAUUGGGUGUCCUCUACUUGCUAGCUCUUGUGGGCAAUGUCACCAUCCUCUUCAUCAUUUGGACUGACCCAUCCUUGCACCAACCCAUGUACUUUUUCCUGGGCAUGCUAGCAGGCAUUGACUUGGUGCUGGCUUCCUCCACUGCACCCAAAACCCUUGCAGUUCUCCUGGUCCAUGACCAUGAGAUUGGGUACACUGUCUGCCUGAUCCAGAUGUUUUUCAUCCAUGCAUUCUCUUCCAUGGAGUCAGGUGUCCUUGUGGCCAUGGCUUUGGAUCGCUAUGUAGCCAUAUGCCAUCCUCUCCACCAUUCUACCAUCCUGUAUCCGGGGCUCAUAGCGCGCAUUGGAAUGGCAGUGCUGGUGCGGGGAUUACUCCUUCUCCUUCCCUUCCCUAUCCUGUUGCGGAGACUUGUCUUCUGCCACACCACUGUCAUAGGCCAUGCCUAUUGUGAACAUAUGGCUGUGGUAAAACUUGCCUGCUCAGAAACCACAGUGAACAGGGCUUAUGGGUUGGCAGUGGCCCUGCUUGUGGUUGGGUUAGAUGUCUUGGCCAUUAGCAUCUCCUAUGUCCUCAUACUCCAGGCAGUGCUGAAGGUACCAGGGGGUGAGGCCCGACUUAAGGCCUUUAGUACAUGUGGCUCUCAUGUAUGUGUCAUCCUGAUCUUUUACGUCCCUGGAAUGUUCUCAUUUCUCACUCAUCGGUUUGGACACCACGUACCCCAUCAUGUCCAUGUUCUUCUGGCCACACUUUACCUCCUUGUGCCACCGGCUCUCAAUCCUCUUGUCUAUGGGGUGAAGACUCGGCAGAUCCGACAGCGAGUACUCAGAGUAUUUUAUAUAAAAGGGUCAUGA